AUGUCCCCACAUUCCUUUCUCCUGCCACCCUUCCUUCCCUUCCAUUCUUCCCCCAUCCUUCCAUUCCAUUCUUUUCUUCUCCCAACCUUCCUUCUUUGCCUUACUUCUUCCAUCUUUUCUUUCAUUCCAUUUGUCUCCAAUCCUCUCUUCCAUCCUUCCUUUUACUGUUUUCUCUUUCUUAUUUACUUUUUCCGGCCUUCUUUUUUCCUUCUUCUUAUUCUUUCUUUUAUCCUAUACAUUGUUUACUAUCAUUCCAUUCUUUACCCCUCCCAGUCAUUUAAUCGUUCCUUCCUUCCUUCCCUCUUUUCUCCAUUCUUUUUUGGUCUUUCCACCAUUAUCUGCUUCUUAUGUUCUCUUUUCUUUCUUUCUUUCUUUCUUUCUUUCUUUCUUUCUUUCUUUCUUUCUCCUUUUUCCAUUCCUUCCAUUAUUUUCUCCUUCUUUCAUUCCUUUUUAAUUAAUUUCCGUUCUUUACUUUUUCUUCCUUUAUUCCUUCCUUCCAUUUUUAUUUCUUUCUUCCUUUCAUUCUUUUCAUUGUUCCUUUCUUCCUUCAUUCUUCCAAUUUCUUCAUUCAAUUCAGUUGUUACUUUUUUUUGUUUCUUCUUCAAAUUCUCACUUUAUAUCCUUUUCUUUCUUUCUUUCAUUCAUUCUUUUUUUCAUUCUUCCAAUUCUAUUCUUCCGUUCGUUUUUCUUCCUCCCUUCCUUCCUUCCUCCGAUUAUCUGCUCCCAUUUUUUCUUCUUCCAUUUCUUCUUCCUUUCUUUUCCCAAUUGCCUCCUUCCAUUCUUUUUUUCUUCUUUUCUUUUUUCCUUUCUUUCUUCCUUUUUAGAAAUACACACGUCAGGAAACCGGCCACAUACAUCUUGCAACCCGCCAUCCGCUCUCUGUUGGCUUCUUCAGGAAAUUAG